AUGAGGUUUUUUAAGGACGCGAGUGACCUAUUUAUAAGACAAGACCUCCUCUCAGUUCGACCAAGUGUGAUUGAGAUGGAGGAAGAGAGAGAUCCACUCCAAAGCCUAUUCCAAAACGUGAUGAAAAGCAAGUGGGAUGAAGUGAUCCAAUCAUACAGAGGGAAUAAAGAAUUCCACACCGAGAAGAUCACGAGCUCCUGCGACACGGCGCUGCACAUAGCCAUCUCCAACGGCGAGGAGCCCGUGGUCGAGCAGCUCGUCGCGAUCGUGUGCAAAACCGAAGGCGCCCUCUCGUCUAAGAACGAGCUCGGAAACACGCCCCUUCACCUCGCUGCCUAUCUCGGCGACGCCAAGAUGUGCCUCUGCAUCGCUAGCCACGACCCGAGCCUCAUGGGGAUCCGCAACCGCGACAAAGAGACGACGUUCUUCCUGGCCGUGCGCCACGGCAGGAAGGGCGCGUUUUAUGCCCUGCACUCGAUUUGUAGGGGCGAGGAAGGCUACAAAUAUUGUAGGGGCAUAGACGGAGAGACCAUUUUGCAUUCCGCCAUCCACGGAGAGUAUUUUGAUUUGGCAUUUGAUAUCAUAGCAGACUACGACAAGCUUGUGGAGGCCGUGACCGAGAACGGUGCGUCGCCGCUACAUAUUCUAGCGAACAAGCCAUCUGCAUUUAGAAGUGGAAGCCAUAUUAGAGGCAUUGAUAAACUCAUCUAUCACUGUGAGUCUUUUCCUUAA